CAGCCGCGCGCGACGGGUCGCUCCCUUCGCAAGAAGCUCCGUUGGCGGACCAGGUUCCGCUGCUCAUCUCGGUCGCGGCCGCCCUGCUUGUGGUGCUCCUGUCCCUGCGUGAGUUUCAGCGCGGAAGGCGGGAAGGAGACCCUGCGAGGCCGGGCCCUUCCAAGCCGCAGAGUCCUGAAUCGGCUUCGUGCUUUUAAAGGCGGCGUGGCAGGCAGCCAUUUAGCAGUAAUUUGGAAGCUUAUCCAGACCAGAAAAAGCAGUCGGAGAGCAGUGCUUCUGGUGGGCCUCUGUGACUCAGGAAAAACUCUUCUGUUAGUUAGGCUGUUAACAGGCAAUUUCCAGAAUACACAGACUUCUAUAACUGAGAAUUCUGCUCCCUACAGAGUAAAAAAUGACAAGAACACAAAUGUGACUUUGAUUGACCUUCCAGGCCAUGAGAGUUUACGACUUCAGUUCUUGGAUAGGUUCAAGGCUGCAGCCAGGGCAGUUGUGUUUGUUGUGGAUAGUGUAGCAUUCCAGCGGGAGAUGAAAGAUGUGGCAGAGUUCCUGUACCAGGUCCUGAUUGACAGCAUGGUGCUGAAAAAUGCACCACCUCUGCUAAUAGCCUGCAAUAAGCAAGAUGUAACAAUGGCAAAAUCUUCGAAACUCAUACAGCAGCAGCUGGAAAAAGAACUCAAUACCUUACGAGUGACCCUUUCAGCUGCCCCGAGCACAUUGGAUAGUUCAAACUCCGGAUCUGGCUCUCAGCUUGGGAAGAAGGGCAAAGAAUUCGAUUUCUCUCAGCUGCCCAUGAAAGUGGAAUUUGUGGAAUGCAGCGCCAGAGGAAGCAAGGGAGAAGAGAGUAGCGGCGAUAUCGAGGACUUGGAAAAAUGGCUAGCCAAAAUUGCCUGAGCACAGGGAGGCAGCAAGACAGCCACUGGAGAAAUAGUAUGAACUGGAACAGUAUUUGAAAACUAAUGGCGGAAGGACUUGAGUUCUCAGGAACAAUUUGGGUGGUUUAAAAGGAGCACUUUGAACUGCAACCAUGUCAAGAUCUUGGUGUGUUGGGGUGAAAUGCCCUGCUUUGGGGUGAAUUUUUGCUUGCCCUUUAGUACCACAAUUUUUGUUAUGGUAAUGCACUGAGGAAGGUUCUCUGUCCUGCAGAUAUACCCUAGCAGCAUGCAAUCCCUUUUCCAUUUUCACUCCCUUCUGCUGUUUUUCCUGCUAUAUCUCAUAUAGAGAGGUUUUAAUUGGGAAUUCUUUGUUGAAUGAAUGUUGCAAAAUAAAGUUGUUGUUUCUAACUAUUA